AUGGCUCCGGGGCGUAAAAGGGGAGCGAAUAAGGCUAAGGCCAAGAGUCAGCUCAGUUUGGGCGAUCUUGUUCUCGCUAAAGUUAAGGGCUUCCCUGCUUGGCCUGCCCAGAUAUGUCGGCCUGAGGACUGGGAGAAGGCACCGGACCCGAAGAAACAUUUUGUUUUCUUCUUUGGAACUCAAGAAAUAGCUUUUGUUGCGCCUCCUGAUAUCCAAGUACUCACAAGUGAAUUAAAGACCAAGUUAUCUUCCAAGUGUCAAGGUAAGAGCAAACGCUUUAAAGAAGCAGUACAGGAAAUUUGCGCAGAAUUUGAGAAGUCACAAAAUAAAAAGGUAAAUGCUCGAGGUAAGACACCCGUUGCUGAUGGAAUGGGAGAUGGUGAAGAGACCGACUUGAAUGAUGGUGUUGCUAGAUCAAAUGGAGAAGCAUCAGAAGAUGCAGGGGAUUCCAGAUCCAAAGGAGAUUAUUGUUCUGGAAGAGAAAGUGAAGCUGACUCUGAAGAUACAGAGCCAUCUGUGUCUUGUGGUACUGGUGACAGUCCUGCCGAGGCUAUGUCAUCUGACAAGAUGUCUGGUGAUGAGCAGGCGCAGGAGGUGGCAUCUGGUCCUAUGGUAACCACAGAUGGGAAAGAUGAGACCUCUAUUUCUGCAGGAGUAAACGUUGGUGACACACAGGAAGCGGACAUUGACUCAAAGGUGCAGGAAAAUGGUAGUAAGUCUCAGAUUGGCACUGGCCGAGUUGGGAGAAUAGAUGAUGCGAUGAAAGGUCAUAGAGAUAGGAGCUCCAAUUUUUUGGAAACGCAAGAUGGGAAACCUGGUAAAAUGUCUGAUAUUGGGAAGGAAUUCAAAGACAAAGUGAAGGGAAAACCUUCUGCUAGAAUUGACGGUAACCCUAUGGGAUCUGGUAAUGGGAAGAAAAGAAAAGAAAUGCAGAAAGCUAAAGCAAAUUCAAAGGCGCCUGAUGACACUCGUGAAAACAUGGGUGAUAGACAGAAAAGUUCCAAAUCUGGAACUGAGAAAUCCGAGGUUGAUGCCACGGAUGCUUCUCGUCCAUCUAAAAGGCUGAAGCGUGAAGAUGUGGGAUCCCUGGAAGAUUCUAUGAACUCUGAAGCUGUUGGUGGCAGUUCGAGCAAAUCAUUGUAUGAGCAAAGGGAAGUUCUUCUGGGUCUAGCAUCACAUGCAAUUAAAGUGAACGGUGAUGCUUCUGCUCGAACAGGUAAAGCUAACUUUGAUGCAUCAGUUGCAUCAGGUAAAGGCAAAUUGGACACAUCACCGCGGAAGGCUGGGUUGAAAUCUUUAGCAUCUCCACAAACCAAUAAGGUGAAAUCUUAUGAAUCUCGACAGAUGGAUAAAGUUAAAUCCAGUUCAUCUACCCAUACUGGUAAGGUUAAGUCUGAUUCCUCCUCCCAAGUGAGAAAAGUAAAGCCCAGUCCAAUUGGUGAUAGGGGUAAAGGAAAAGUAGAUAUUAGUCAAAGGAGUAAUGUGCAUGAUAAUUCUGGUGAUGAGGAUGUGUUACCAGUAUCGAAACGUCGGCGGCGAGCGCAAGAGGCAAUGAAUGAUUCGGUUCAAAAUUCAAAAGAUAGAGCCAAAAGAAGCGCGGACCCGAAGAAUGACUUGUCGUAUAGCAAUGCUAGAGUUCAUGCCAACCAGAAUUUGAAAAGGCGAAGAGCCGUGUGCCUCUAUGAUGAGGAAGAAGAGGACGAAGAUCCUAAAACUCCUGUUCAUGGUGUGGCUGCCAAAAGUAUUAAACCUCCAUCAGCUGUCCCUGGUGAUAUCAAGCAUAGGGACGUAGAGAGUGGUGGUUCGCGUAGGCAACAAGAUGGACGUGCAGUUAACUCCCAGUCAAAUGUGACGGAGUCUACCAGACAUCAUGAUGUGUCGAAGGAGGCAUCUUCAGACUUGCAAAAGAAUCGCCUUUCCCCUGGUGGGCUGAUAACAGUGAAGACGCCCAGGGCUCCUGAUUCACAGAGUCCACGAGAAGUUGGAGAGCAGGUUGUGGCCAAGGAGGUAAGCACUGCUUUGACUUCUCCUAAGAACUCUCCCGGGCUACUUGAACCACCUAAAAGAGUGAUGGAACAAGAUAAAACCAGCAAGGUUUCUCAAAAAAAUUCUGGUGCCCAAAAGAUGCUCCAUGCUGACGAAGAGCAGGCAAUGUCCAAGGAGUUUAGCACCGCUCCAACUUCUCCUAAGAACUCUCCUCAGCCACUUGCUCCUCCCAAAACAGUGGUGGGACAGCAUAAGACCAGCAAGGCUUCUGUGAAAACCCCUUCUGGUGCCCAGAAGAAGCCCCAGGCUGAUAAAGAGCAGGUAUUGGCAAAGGAGGUAAACACUGUUCUGACUUCUCCUAAGAACUCUUCUGUGUCACUUGGUCCACUCAAAACAAGGGUGGACCAGCAUAAAACCAGUAAGGCUUCCGUAAAGACAGCUUCUGAUUCUCAAAAGAAGCCCCAGGUUGUUUCUGCCAAGUCAUCAGGCAUAGUCCCAGAUGGUGCAAAAGCUUCCCAGAAUCAUGUGGCUGUUCAAAGAAAUAAGCAAGCUCUUUCUGUAGAGAGACCUAAAAGUACUCCAAAAGUCCCAUCACGCAUGGGUGAUCAUGCCAUUUUGCUGGAAACUUCAAUGGAAGUCAGAGCUGCUGCAGAUGAGAGUAGCAUUUCAUUGGCUGAUUCUGAUGCAUCAGAUUCUGCCAUAUCUAUGAAGAACCUCAUUGCUGCCGCUCAAGCAAAAAGAAAAGAAGCUCAUACCCAACAUUUUUCUCUUGGGAACUCCAGUUAUACCCUUCUGUCCAUCAAUGAUGCUCAUGGAUGGAGCCUUAGUCCGUCGUUUAUCCAACCUUUACCAUCUGGCAUGUCCAAUGGGGCACAGGGUGAUGCAUCAGAGUUUCAUCCUCGCCCAAGUGCACCUUCUCCAUCUACACAAAAUCAUCCUUCAGGGCCUGAGACUCGAACAGAAAAUGAUGAGGAUGAGGAUCGAAGGGUCAGUUCUGGACAUAGGGCUCCUGGAGGCUCACUAAGUGGUGGGACAGAGGCUGCUGUUGCACGUGAUGCUUUUGAAGGGAUGAUAGAGACUUUGUCAAGGACAAAAGAAAGUAUAGGACGUGCAACCCGUCUUGCCAUAGACUGUGCCAAAUAUGGAAUUUCCAAUGAGGUUGUGGAACUUUUAAUCAGAAAGCUAGAAAGUGAACCCAGUUCCCAUAGAAAAGUAGACUUAUUCUUUCUUGUGGAUUCAAUUACCCAGUGUUCUUCUCAUCAAAAAGGAAUUGCUGGAGCUUCAUACGUACCGACAGUUCAGGCAGCGUUACCACGUCUUUUGAGUGCUGCUGCUCCACCUGGAGCUGGCGCACGGGAAAAUCGCCGGCAAUGUCUCAAGGUGCUGAAACUAUGGCUUCACCGGAAAAUCUUUCCAGAAUCUGCUUUGAAGCGUUUUAUGGAUGAAAUUGGGGGUUCAAAUGAUGAAAUCUCUGGUGGUUUGUCUCUUAGACGUCCAUCCCGCUGUGAGAGGGCUUUAAAUGAUCCUAUCAGAGAGAUGGAAGGGAUGCUUGUGGAUGAGUAUGGGAGUAAUGCUACAUUUCAGUUACCUGGUUUGUUAUCUGGGAACUUAUUUGAAGAAGAUGAUGAAGAUCUAGUAUUGGAGCUGCCUAAGAAAGUGGGCGACAUGCCCGUGGUGGGAGAACCUGAUCGCACCAUCUUUGGAGAGUCAGAAGCAUAUACUGCUACUCCCACUGACAGACGUCAUUGCAUCUUAGAGGAUGUUGAUGGUGAACUUGAAAUGGAAGAUGUAUCGGGUCAUCAUAUCAAGGAUGAAGGACCUGAAAUGGAUAUAGAAGAAGACCAUUACUCCGAUAGGGUGGUGGUCAAACCGGCAUCAAAAAGUCCUGCUGACUCACCCCCUCUUCCAGAUGGUUCACCACCGCUCCCUCCUGGUUCUCCUCCUCAGCUUCCACCUUUACCACCCUCUCCACCGCCUCCGCUGCCUCCUCCGCCACCAAGCUCUCCUUCUGAACCUCCACCCCCUCCUCCACCUCCACUUCCUCUUCCACCUCCGCCUCCACCACCUUUUCAUCCAUCACAGCUCCCUCCUGGACCACCCUCAGCUCCUCAGCCACCUUUGCUACAUCAGCAUUUAUUGCCAGCUCAACCCCUACAUCCUCAGUCCUUAAUAUCAACACAACCUUCUAUACAGUCACCACAAUUGGCUUAUCAGCAGCCUGCAGCUCAUGAAUACUGCAGUACAUCCAGUGGAAAUAAAACAGGUCAAAUGGCUGGAACUGCUCAUGCGAAGAAUAUGGAUCAUGUGAUGAAAAGUCAGCAGUCACCUCGUUUUGCUCAUUCAGCCGUUUGCAACUCUCGAGAAACUUCAGGAUUCAGUUCUUCUAUACAUCUGGAAUAUAGUCAUAAUGAUGUGUACUUAAAUCCGCAAGCAUCCCAACACAAUCCUCAAUUCCAGCCGGGCAACACUUCAUUUGUGCCUAGACCUAUGAAUCCAAGCCUCCCGCAAACGGCACCGGGCCAUUUUCAGUUUUCAAAGCCAGUGAUUCAGCAACACCACCAGCAACCCUAUACCCAUCCUUAUCCUGUGCCAUCCCAUCCUGAGGGGCAUAGGAGAUUUGUUGGUGAUGAUCAAUGGAGGAUGCCCUUGAAUGAAUUUAAUGCUAAUAAUCAACAUGGUGGAUGGAUGGGUGGAAGAACUCCAUCGCAUGGAGGGCAUGCAAUUGGCCAAGAAGGCUUCUUCCGGGGACCAGUUGAAAGGCCACCAGUGAAUGCUGUUGGUGUUCAGUUCCCUGCAAGUAACAAUUUACCACCUGCACCUCCAAUUCCAGGUCAUGGUGUUUCUCCGAUGAGGCCAUGUAGACCAGACAUGUCUGCCGUUAAUUGCUGGAGGCCAGGUUAA